ACAAGAUAGGAGAGUACCUAUAGCAAAAUCUUUACAAAAUGCGAAAUUUAUUACUAAAAAAUCAAUUCUGAUUUCCAGCGAAACUUUAAAAUUAUACUAUUAACCUAUCAGGAUACAAAUCGACAAUGGCUAGAUUAUAUAUCGAUAUUAGAGAAGAUCAGUGGCCAUUGGUAUAUGAUGAUAAAUAUAAUGUAUCGUUUUGUGGUUUCGAAAAAUUUCACGUAUUUGAUGCAAAGAAAUGGCGCAAUAUUGUACAGUUUCUAAAAGAAGCCAAUUUCAUAACAGCAGAAUGUCUUGUAAAACCUAUGGAAGCCAAGGAUCGUGAUUUGUUAGUUGUUCACACUAAGAAAUACCUAAAAUCACUUAAGUGGAGUGCCAAAGUAGCAAUGAUAGCUGAGGUGCCAAUAGUUGCGUGUGUGCCAAAUAUACUUGUCCAACAUGCUUAUUUAAAACCUAUGAGACUACAAACGGGAGGUUCAGUAUUAGCUGGCAAGCUUGCUCUGGAGCGAGGGUGGGCUAUCAACAUAGGGGGUGGUUUCCACCACUGCAGUGGGGAUAAGGGUGGUGGUUUCUGUCCAUAUGCUGAUAUCACACUGCUCAUCAAGUAUCUGGUCAUGUACCGGAGUGUCCAGAAUGCUAUGAUCGUGGAUUUAGACGCCCACCAGGGUAACGGUUACCAACGCGAUUUCCUCGGAGUACCAGAAGUAUACAUAAUGGACAUGUACAAUCGUCACAUCUAUCCCAAAGACGAGGAAGCCAAACGAGCCAUACGCCGUAAGAUUGAACUUGGCAAUAAGGUGGAAGAUUUGGAGUAUAUGCUGAAAUUGAGGAAGAAUUUAAAAGCGGCAUUAAGUGAAUUCAAGCCAGACAUUUUAGUGUACAACGCGGGUACAGAUGUACUUGAUUCCGAUCCACUCGGGCACAUGAGGAUUAGUGACAUUGGUAUAAUAAAACGAGACGAAUUCGUUUUCGAGAUAUGCAAAGCUCAACACAUUCCAGUGGUCAUGUUAACAAGUGGAGGGUACUUAAGAAGAACUGCAAGAAUCAUAGCGGACUCCAUCAUGAAUCUAAAAGCCAAAGGCCUCAUCGGAAAUGAGCCUAAGAAAUCUAAAGAUUUGUCAUGAAGCAUUAUAGCUAGUCGCAUGAGAAGUCGUCAAAACUUAUUAAAUCGAGCAUUAAUUACUUACUAAAUUUAAUAAUUAAAAAUCGCGUUGUAAAAUAAUUUUUCUAUUAAAAAUUUAGCGAUUUAACGCGAGAGGCGUUAACCCAUUGAGCCCCCAGCGGCCCGAUCGGUCCACGACACAAUAGAUUUUCUAUUGUGUCUGUGAUUCCGGGGGCUGAGUUAUUCAGAUUUUAAAUGAGUUUGCACUUAGAAAAUAUGCACCGUUCCUAUUUGGACUGCCGUAGAUUCCUAUUAAAUUAAAUUUAGGCUAAUAUUGUCACAUGGCGAUUUAGGCUCGCUAUACACUACGGAAAUAGAUAUGUAGCUGACUUGUUAGAAGAGAUUUGUAGGUAGUUUAGAACUUGGUGUGUAUCGAGCCUAAGAGCCAUUUUCCAAGUGCUAAAUAAAACAUACCAGGAUAGGCUAAGGUCGCAUUACAGCCGUGGAAUGGAAGUGUAGGAAGCGGUCGCACAUAGUUUUUUCCCGCGAUUGAUUUUAUAACCGUGACUUAUUACAGAAAGGCUAGCGUGAAAAACCGCGUAUUCGCGCCAAAAUUUGUAGUUCAUAGAACACAGGUAUAUUGAAGGCACAUUAGCUUUUUAACAGUAGUGUACUUGGGCGGUUUUGCAGAUUAGUGGUUUUUUUAAAUCGUAAUGCGGCCUUAGCCUAAAACAGAGAAACAUAGUUUUUCUAUAAUUCCAUAGAUAUAGUCAUUUUAAGGCCUAGCUACAGUACUUUAGGUUCGGAUUGUAUGCUUUUAUUUAGGCCGGUUGCAGAGCUUCACCGACCAUCAGUGCGUACAUCAGUCGUGCUUUUUAUAUGUAUGGAAAUUCAUAAAACCGUUCAUAGCUAGACCGACCAUACGCACGCGUAUUUCCAUACAUAUGACAAGUGAUGGUCGGUGAAGCUCUGCAACCGGCCUUAGAUGGAUGAUGGAUGAUUGUUAAUUUGGCAGCUGUUAGAAUUUAUCUAUUUAAUUAUGCGGACAAUUAAAGUAAAUAAAUAAUAUUUUAUUAUAAAUCGAAAAUUAGUAGUUAUGAAACAAAUAUUUUCAAGAUUCUCAGUAAUAUUAUAUAAAAAUUGAAUUCAACUUAGUACGGUGCGAAUCGAAUGUAUUGGAUCUCUUAAAAUGAACAUUGAUUGCUGAUUCAAUUAAUCAAUUUUCCAAUAAGAAUUUAUAAAUCUAAUUCGACGCUAUUUUUAUAAUAAAGCAUUUUUUUUCAUUAGAAUUAUAUCGGAACGUAGCCGUGCAAUAACAAACAUUUUAGUACAAAGAAAAGUAUUUAUAAAAUA